UUUUUUUUUUUUAUCUUUUGUUGGCACUGGAUUUAUCUUUUUUAUUUUAUUUUAUUUUAUUUUAUACACCUUUUUUAUUACAUUCAUUAUUACAUUACAUUACAUUAAAUCCACAAUGUCAAUAGUUGGUUUGGUUGGUAGAGGACUGUUUCGGCCAAACAGCGUCGUCUCAACGUAAGUAGGGGAGAUAAUAGAAAGCAGAAUGAGACUUUUAAUUUCAUGAAGCAUUUAACCAUGCUAAAGUUGAUUUAAUUCAAUUCAAUUCAAUUCAAAGCACUUUGUAUUUUUAGGCACUCGCGGACAUUCACACCGAAACACAUGUAUCGGCUACGCACAGCCCUGCUGCAACCACACAGCCAAUACAUCCCGUCGAUCUACCGACAGCUCAGCACACAAAAGCAGCAGCAGCAGCAGCAGCAGCAGCCGCAAGAACGGCAGCAGCAACAGGCAGACACAGACGCAGACCAUCGGGAAAAAAUCCUCACGAUCCCCAACGCACUCACAAUGGCACGCAUCGUAUCAUCGCCAUACAUCGGCUACUUGAUAGUCCAGGGGCAGUACGAAUGGGCGCUCAGCGGCUGUAUAGUUUUCGGGCUCACAGAUGCCUUGGACGGAUACAUAGCGCGCAAAUACAACAUGCAGUCCUUUGUCGGGUCCAUCCUCGAUCCGGCAGCAGACAAAAUACUCAUGACCACAUUGACGCUUGCUCUGAGCUUCAAUGGGUUGAUGCCGGGGCUAUUGGCAGGGGUUAUCAUUGGACGCGACCUGGCGUUGUCGCUGGCGGCGUUGGUGGUUCGGUGGGCGACUUUGCCCGAGCCUCGGACGGCGCGGAGGUACUUUGACUUGAGCGUUUUGUCCGUGGAGGUGCGGCCGACGCUGGUGAGCAAGUGGAACACGGCGCUGCAGCUGGCGCUUGUCGCAGCAUCCCUGGCGGCACCGGUGUGCGGGGUUGCCGCCGCAGAGUGCAUGCCGCUGGCUGCUCUGCAGUGGGCGACCGGCGCGACAACGGUGGCGUCGGGCGUCGGGUAUCUUUUCUCCAGAGACGCCGUGCACAGGCUGACCAAGGCCGAGCUGGCCAAGCGCAUGCCGAAGCCGCAUGUGUUGCCUGGGCCCAUUAAAAAGAAAUAAAGAAAUAAAGAAAAAGAAAUAAAGAAGCAACGAGGCGACGAGGCGACGAGGCGACGAAGCGACGAAGCGACGAAGU